UUUAAGUCCAGGGCCUCCUGGCAACUUCAGCAGCCUGCCCUCUGAGCCGACAGCAUGGAUGACAUCUACAAGGCUGCGGUAGAGCAGCUGACAGAAGAACAGAAAAAUGAGUUCAAAGCGGCCUUUGACAUCUUCGUGCUGGGUGCCGAGGAUGGCUGCAUCAGCACCAAGGAACUGGGCAAGGUGAUGAGGAUGCUGGGCCAGAACCCCACGCCUGAGGAGCUGCAGGAGAUGAUCGAUGAGGUGGACGAGGAUGGCAGUGGCACAGUGGACUUCGAUGAGUUUCUAGUCAUGAUGGUUCGGUGCAUGAAGGAUGACAGUAAAGGGAAGUCUGAGGAGGAACUGUCUGACCUCUUUCGCAUGUUUGACAAAAAUGCUGAUGGCUACAUUGACCUGGAUGAGCUGAAGGUGAUGCUUCAGGCUACGGGUGAGACCAUCACGGAGGAUGACAUCGAGGAACUCAUGAAGGAUGGUGACAAGAACAAUGAUGGCCGCAUCGACUAUGAUGAAUUCCUGGAGUUCAUGAAGGGGGUGGAGUAGAUGCUGACCUUCAGCCUUCAUCCAGAGCUGCGUGUGCUACCUUCCAAUUCCAGCUGGGCCCUGGGGUAGAGCAGGGGGCCUGGGUUCCCAGGAUGUCCUUGACCAAGGGCCCUCCCUGACUCCCUCCUGAGCCCUAUCCUGGGGGAUGCAAAUAAAGCUCUGCUCCCUGGA